CGGGAACGGGGGAGGCAACGGCAGUGCUACGCGGCGUGGCGUUUGCCGGCAAAGGCCGACUCGACUCGGCCUGGCCUGGCCCUGGCGUCCAGCUAGCGGUUCAAGUGUUUCCCUAGAACCUCUGAAGCAAAGUAUAAAUAGCUAUAAAAGAGUAAGAACUUCAAUCAAACCAUUCAACACAUCUGGUUUAGGGUGGACUUUUAAUGUUUUGCUGUCAGAAUGAAGAGCAGGAUACCUGUCAUUCUUCUAGCCUGUGGCUCCUUUAACCCCAUCACAAACAUGCAUAUGCGUUUAUUUGAGCUGGCUAGAGAUCACCUGCACCAAACAGGAAGAUAUCAAGUGAUUGAAGGCAUAAUGUCUCCUGUUAAUGAUAACUAUGGAAAGAAAGGCUUGGUUUCAGCAAGGCACCGCAUAGCAAUGGCUAAACUAGCACUGGAGACAUCUGAUUGGAUUCGGGUUGAUCCAUGGGAGAGUGAGCAGGAGACAUGGACAGAGACAGUAAAAGUAUUAAGGCACCAUUACAAUGAAUCACUCAGAUUGCUCCAGUCCAAGAAGGAAUUAAUGAAAAACAAACAGCCCAUAGAGAGAUCUGCAGAGGAUUCCCUUUCCUACCAGCACCCAGUUCUACCAGAAUUAAAGUUGCUCUGUGGGGCUGAUUUUCUACAGACGUUUAAGACACCCAAUCUUUGGAAGGAAGAACACAUCAAAGAAAUAGUGGAGAAGUUUGGUUUGGUCUGUAUUAGCCGUGCUGGCUCUGAUCCUGCUCAGUACAUCAAUGAAUCAGACCUCUUAACUAAAUUUCAGCACAAUAUCUUUCUGGUGAAAGAAUGGAUUCAGAAUGAAAUCAGUGCAACACAGAUACGCACUGCCUUGUGCAGAGGACUAAGUGUAAAAUACCUCAUACCAGACUCAGUUAUAUCCUACAUUUCACAGCAUAAUAUCUACACUGAAGAGAGUGAGAGGAAGAAUGAAGGUGACUUGCUUCAGCCUCUGAAGUUGCACAGCACAACAGUAAAUCCACUCAAUGACUGAUGUCUGUCUGCGCUGUGUGAGUGGACGCACCUAAUAUGUUUUCAUGCGAAGUCCUUGAUAAAGUUGCUUGUUAAUAAAGGGAAUGUACAUCAGUUUCUUGAAUUCAUGUAGUGUUUUAAAUUCAUGUUAUUAUAUGUGAUAGCGCUUAAGGAAAUCAGGAUGCCCAGCAGCAUAGUUUAAAAUAUACAAAGAACAGCUUCCUUGUGAAAAUAAAAGAAAUAAGAUCUUAACAAAAAAUAUUAAUCUAAGUAUUACUUAAGAGUAACAAAUAUUACUUUCUUGAAUCUUACUUAGCAG